AUGUACAAUAUGAUUAUCGCAUUACAAUGUCCUGUAUAUCUUCAAUCUCAUACAGUUAGUACACAUAGCCUCAUAUAUAAUUGUACCAACGAAAAUUCAUUAUCAUUAUGUUCAUAUAAAUAUAAUUAUGAAGAGAAUGCUGUGUGUGUAGGACUUUAUCUUAACGUUUCCGAUCAAAUAUUGAUAAAAGCACUAACUAUCAUGAGAGAUUCUAAAUGCAAAACUCCUACAAAAUGUGUAUUACAUCGUGACGAACGAAAGGAUGACACGUUCCACUGUUGCUGUACAACAAAUAAUUGUACAUUAGACUGGGAAUUAGAAUCAAAUUUAACUGAAUCAACUCCAGUGUAUCAUACUAGUAAGCAUGAAAAAAAUUUGAAUAUAAAUCCGUUGUUAUUAAAUGCUGAACAAUCAACAACAUCAACAACAAUAAAAUCAUUAAAAAAACUUCAUUUAUUAUCGAAAAGUAACAAUAGUAUUGUUUGGAAGGCUUGGCUGAACAAUGAAUCAUAUGUAUCAUUAAAAAUUUAUUAUAAAAAAAAUCAUAUAUUAUGGAAUAAUGAGAUAAAUAUAUUUAAGACACUUGAUCAUAGUUCAGUAAUAAAAUUUUUAUGUCACGAUGAAUAUAAGAACGAAUUAACACAAGAAAUUGAAUAUCGUUUAAUAACACAAUAUCAUGAAUAUGGUUCAUUACAAGAUUAUUUAAAUUUAAACAUUCUUUCAUUACAUGAUUGUCUAGUACUACUAACAACGUUAGUUAAUGGAGUUGUUUAUUUGCAUACGGAAAGAUAUGAUGAAAAAAAUAUGUUAAUCAAGCCAAUGAUAGCUCAUCGUGAUAUUAAAAGUGCAAAUGUACUCAUUAAACAUGAUAAAACGGCUUGUUUAACAGAUUUUGGUGUAGCAUUGAAUUUAUCUCAAAAAAUAUUAUCAAGAAAUGAUUUUGUUCAAAUCGGUACAAUUCGUUAUAUGGCACCUGAGUUACUUGUUGGUGUCAUUUCACAUACUCGUGAAUCAUUAUUAAAAGUUGAUGUUUAUGCCAUUGCACUCGUGUUUUGGGAAAUUCUUUCAAGAUGUGAAGAAUAUCCUUGUAACAAUAAAAAAUAUCUUUCUCCAUUUGAUGAAUACAUAAAUGAACAAAGAAUUACAUUAGAAACUAUGUAUGAUCUUGUCAUAGGAGCGAAGAAAAGACCAAUAAUAAUCCGAACAUCUAUAAAAAAUCAGAUAUUACAUCAAAUAUUCGACGUAAUCGAAGAAGCAUGGGAUCAAGAACCUGACACUCGUUUAACUGCACACUCGCUCGCCGUUAAAUUUCAACUAUUUUUAUCUCAAGUUUCCUCGUUGUAA